AUGGUGAGAGCAGAUGCCAGCAAGGGGCCCCUCAGCACUGCCACCAACACCCUGGUGUACAGUUCCACCAAGCCCCGAGCAAGGAACUCAGCUGGUGGCUCCAGCUACAGGAAGCUGAUGAUGUCGCGUCUCUUCCUGCGUCCAUCACACCAUGUCUCUAAUCUGCAGGUGAAAUCCAACAUGGCCAAACCACAGGGCCUUCCAGCUGUAUCGUCCCCGUGGCCACCCCGUUCCACCGACGGCCACAGGGUCUUCCGGCUGUGUCAUCCCCAUGGCCGCUCCUUCCCCGACGGCCACAGGGCCUUCCGGCUCCUUUUGGAACGCAGCGUCUUCUCCGCACCGGAAAGGCGAGGGCCCGGCGGAAAGUGCCGAGCGUGUGGCGGAAAGUGCCGAGCCCCGGGUGGGCGGUGCCGAGCGUCUGACGUAGGAUGCCGGGCGUCCGGCGGAAAGUGCCGAUGCUGUGGCGGAAAGCGGCGAGGCUGGGAGUGGGCGGGGCCCAGACCCGGGACGGAAUGCAGCCAGGUCCAAUCCGUCGGCGGCGGAAGCAGCCGAAGCGCUUCCGGAAAGUGCCGAAGCCCUUCCGGAAGGAGCCGAGCGGGCCGGCCGUUGCCGACGCACCCGCAGCGGCAGCAGCCUGGGCGGCCCCGCUCCGCUUCCCCCCGGGCCCGGCAGCAGCGAGCGACCGACCCGGCCCAGCGCCGGGACCCCGCACAGGCCGCGCCGAGCCCCGCCCCCCGGGCCCGCCCGGGCUCCCGGCCCGGCCCGCCCGGCAGGCUGAUCAAGCUGUUCUCGCUGAAGCAGCAGAAGAAGGAGGAGGAAUCGGCCGGAGGCCCCAAGGGCAGCAGCCAGAAGGCGUCGGCCGCGCAGCUCCGCAUCCAGAAAGAUAUUAACGAACUGAAUUUGCCGAAAACAUGCGAAAUAGAUUUCUCCGACCAGGACGACCUCCUCAACUUCAAGCUAGUUAUCUGCCCUGACGAGGGUUUCUAUAAAGGGGGGAAGUUUGUCUUCAGUUUUAAGGUAGGCCAAGGCUACCCUCAUGACCCUCCCAAGGUGAAGUGUGAGACCAUGGUGUACCACCCCAACAUAGACCUAGAGGGCAACGUCUGCCUAAAUAUCCUCAGAGAGGACUGGAAACCCGUACUAACAAUAAACUCUAUAAUUUAUGGUCUGCAGUACCUCUUCUUGGAGCCAAACCCUGAAGACCCCCUGAACAAAGAGGCUGCCGAGGUCCUUCAAAACAACAGACGCCUGUUUGAGCAGAACGUGCAGCGCUCCAUGCGGGGCGGCUACAUCGGCUCCACCUACUUCGAGCGUUGCCUCAAAUAGAACUGACCAGCCGCCCCCACCCCUCCCACGAGGGACUCUGCCAACACCGCUGCCUUCAGCCACCGGGGGGCAUGGGAGCCUGGCACCGGCAGGGCCCCCCUCGCUGCUCACGGCCUCUGCCCCUGGCAGCCUUCCCCCCACUCCCGCUGGAGGGGAGGUGGCUGCUGAGGGAUGGGGCAGGGCUUACAUUUGCAUCCCCUGCCCCACCCAUACAGCCCCCUCUUCCCUAUUGGUCGCUCUCCUGCUGGUUUCCCAGCACGCUCAGGCCCCAAGCAGAGCGCCCUCUAGCCGUGGCCCAGCGUGAGCGCACUGGCUCCCCCUGGCUUCGCAGAGCACAUCUAUUUAUUAGGCGGGGGGCUGCAGCAGGGGUGUAGGGCAGGCCGGGGGUGCAUGCAGUCCUGCCGUGGGGGGGGCCGGGCCCGCCCCUCCCCUUUUACAUCCCUCUUGUGUCUGGUUUUUAAAAACAAAGCGCCCCACUUACAGCAAAGCGAAGGCUGAUUAUCCAAUGGGACUGGGCUGGAGGUGGGGCCGGGGCUGAUCGAACCCCGCCCCCUUCUGCCCCAGGCCUCACCCCCCCAAUGAACUGGUUCUUUGCCACGCUGGGGCCUCCUGCCAGCCCCGGGGCCAUGAAGCCACUGUACUCUAGCGUGUCGGGUUAUUAAAGGGGAAUGUUAGCGCACCUCA